AUGAUUUCUUCCAGCUGUUGGGUUCCCCGUGGUUUUGCCUCGGAAUUUCCCGAGCAAUACGACUUGGAUGAUGCAGAAAUGGAGCGGAUUUCCAAAAUGGCCCAGCUCGAGUUGGACGAUGCCAAGGACGACUUGCAGAACGCCCAGAAAGAACAGGCGGCCUUGUCUAACCAGAUUGACAUUGACGACGAUUUGAAGGAGUAUGACUUGGAAAACUACGAUGAAGAAGAAACUGAGGGUGAAAGCAUCUCGAUGUUCCCAGGCUUGGCGGCUACAGAUGCCACUUUCCAGGAAAGCGGUGGAGAUGCCUAUCUUACAUUGCCCGAUGCCCAAGAGGAACAAGAGGCCAAGCAAGAGAUGCAGAUUUAUCCUACAGACAGUUUGGUUUUGGCUACACGUACUGAGGACGAUGUUUCCUACUUGGACGUGUAUGUCUAUGAUGAUGGUGCCGGAGCACCAGACGGAGCUGAAGAGGAAGAAGGAGACAAGCUCGAUGCCGAUGUGGCGCGUGGACUUGUGCGUGAACCUAACUUGUACGUUCAUCAUGACUUGAUGUUGCCUGCCUUCCCUCUUUGCGUGGAGUGGGUGAAUUUCCGCCCUGGAACCAGCGAUGGAGUGGGUAACUUCGCGGCCAUUGGCACAUUCGAUCCGCAGAUUGAGGUGUGGAACUUGGACUGUGUGGACAAGGCUUUCCCUGACAUGAUUUUGGGCGAGGUGCAAAGCAAUUCUGCAGCUGCUAUGCUGGCCAAAAAGAAGAAGAAGAAGAGCAAGGGCCCUGCCACAACGCAUCACACAGACGCUGUCUUGUCUUUGGCACACAACCGCAACCACCGCAGUGUGUUAGCGUCGACUUCGGCCGACUCGACUGUCAAAUUAUGGGACUUGGCUAAUGGAAGCGCUGUGCGGUCUAUUUCCGCAGCUCACGGCGGGAAAACGGUUUCGUCGUCUCAAUGGCACGCUACCGAGGCUUCGAUCUUAUUGACUGGUGGUUACGACAGCGCCUGUGCCGUAUCCGACGUGCGUAUUGCAUCCGAGAAGGACAUGUGCAAGAAGUUUUCUGUGGGUCACCAGGAUGUGGAGUCUGUGCGGUGGGGAGCUCGUCCUGAGGUUUUUUACUGUGGAACUGACAACGGUAAUGUGUACUGUUUUGAUGUGCGUUCGCCCGAAAAGCCUGUCUGGACAUUGCAUGCCCACGAUGCUGGGAUUUCUGCUUUAGAUGUGAGCGGGCACGUGGACGGCAUGCUUGUCACGGCAGCAAUGGGCGAAAAGGUGGUCAAGUUGUGGAAAUGUCCGGCUGAACAGGGUGGUCCAUCGAUGGUGUUGCUGCGCGACUUUGGCGUUGGAAAUGUAUUGACCGCGUCCUUUGCUGGCGAUUUGGAGCUUGCUGGCCACAUGAGUGUUGGUGGUGUCCUGGGUGCGUUGAAGAUGUGGGACUGUUUCUCCAACAGGGCCGUGCGCAAUGCUUUCAGUGCUGAGUUGGGCCUGUUGCAGAAACGGGCCAGAGAAGUGGCACAAGAGGCGGGGCGGGCGUCGCGUAUUGCCAGAAAGUACAAGGGUGGUGCCGAGACGGUCAUGACCGUAGAGGCAGGCCGUUUGGACGACUCGGAGGACGAAGAUGAAGAUGAAGAGGUCGAAGAGAACUAA